UGCUGGUUGGCUCUAAAUAUUACAGUAGUGUUCAUAUUGAGACCGUGAUCAUCAUUCGUGAUCUCUCUUACUUUUCUAUCUUCUUUGUUCUCCACAUAUGUUAAGGCACAUAUUAACAAUGGUAACAAGUCGAUUUUUCCUCUUGCAAACAAGGUUGUUGCUGGUAUACUACUGUUGUAUUGCUAGCUUUGCUAUAGUGGUAGCAGUACAAACCAGCAAUGUCUCCACAGAUGAUCAGUCUGCUCUUCUUUCUCUCAAAGCCAGCAUCACCAGUGAAGGUCAAAACAUGAUCUUCACCAACUGGUCCACCAAUAACAUUUGCAACUGGGCUGGGGUUACUUGUGGUGCAAGCCACCGCAGAGUCAAGGUCUUGGACCUGUCUUACUUUGGUCUUUCAGGCACCAUUCCUGCGGAGCUAGGUAACCUGUCAUUUCUUGUUGAUCUGGACUUCACAAAUAACAGCUUCCAAGGUCCCUUGCCCCAAGAAUUGGCUCGUCUACACAGGUUGAAGUUCAUUAGCUUUGGAUUCAACAACUUUGGGGGAACAAUUCCAUCAUGGUUUGGGUCCUUGUCCAAACUUCAAACCUUGGAUUUGUACGGUAAUCAAUUUUCAGGUUCCAUGCCCGCUGCCAUCUUCAACUUAUCUGCACUACAAGUAAUAGAUCUCAAAAAUAAUCAUCUAUCGGGUAGCAUACCAGCAGAAAUCGGGAACUUAACACUGCUUAAGGCGGUAUACCUUGAUAACAAUAAAUUCGAAGAAAUUCCAAACGAGAUUGGCUAUUUGGAUCAGGUAGAGAAUUUCUUGAAUGGUAGAAUUCCAGACAAUAUCUGCCAGCAUCUUCCUAAUAUUCAAAAACUGUAUUUUGCUCACAACAAGUUUGAUGGUCCACUUCCAUCCACACUGUGGCAAUGCAAACAGCUUCUUGUAUUAUCAUUGGAGGGUAACAAUUUCACUGGAAGCAUACACAAGAAUAUUGGGAACUUGACUCGCAUAAGAAAGAUUUAUCUUGGUAACAACAAUUUGACAGGUACUAUACCACAUGGAGUAGGUGAUCUUCCAAAUCUAGAGAUUUUGUCACUCAUGGGUAAUAAUCUUAAUGGCCUCGUCCCAUCCACAGUCUUCAACAUGUCCACAAUAAGAGUGAUAUCUAUUACUAGUAAUAAUCUCUCAGGUAGCUUCCCAACAAACAUAGGCCUUGGAUUUCCAAACAUACAAGAGUUUUAUGCAUCGAGUAAUAAACUCAGUGGAGUAAUUCCCAAAUCCAUCUCGAAUGCUUCUAAGCUCACUGGCCUAGACCUGGGAGAUGAACUUUGUCAGCUGAAAAACCUAGGUGACUUGCUUCUGCAAGGCAAUCAACUCUCUGGUUCUAUACCUUCCUGCUUGGGUGAUCUAAAUGCAGCUCUAAGAAGUCUAUCACUAGGGUCCAAUUUGUUAACUUCAACAAUACCAUCUACCUUGUGGAGGCUUACUUAUAUCCUGCACUUGGACUUGUCAUCCAAUUAUCUAAGUGGACUUCUCUCAAAAGAGCUUGGUUAUUUGAAAGUUGUGACAGAUAUAUAUUUAUCAAACAACCAUUUUUCGGGUUCGAUACCAAAUAGCAUUGGGUCUCUCACAGAUUUGGUCAUUCUCAACCUAGCAAACAAUAGUUUAGAAGGCUCUAUUCCUGUUACUUUUGGUGAAUGUCCAAGCUUAGAAUUCUUGGAUUUAUCCAAAAACAAUCUGUCAGGGGUGAUUCCAAAGUCUCUAGAAGCACUUUCACAUCUCAGAUUUUUGAAUUUGUCCAUCAACAGACUCCAAGGAGAAAUUCCAGAAGGUGGAGCUUUCGGACACUUGUCUUAUGAAUCAUUCUUCUCAAAUGGUGAACUCUGUGGUUCACCCCACCUGCAGGUUCCACUGUGUCCAAAUUCAACGAGCAGUACUCCACUGUGUCAAAAUAGAUGCAUUAUUACUAUUUUGAAGUAUAUUAUUCCAGGGAUCCCCUUAGCAAUACUCAUAGUGGCCUUCAUAUAUAUGGAGAUUGAUAUUGCAUAGAAAAAGGAAUGCAAAAGCUGCAAAAGUGACUACAUUGUUACCACCACAACCUCUUUGGAGAAGAGUUUCAUACAAAGAACUCCGAAGGGCGACAUAUGGAUUUGCUGAAACUAACUUACUUGGCA